CAGCCAAUAGGAUUGCAGGAGAGCGGCACCAUCAGAGAUCAGAGGAAGAGCUCCUAAACUCGUUACAUUCGGCUUUAUUGCUUGUUUUGUUUCUUAUGAUCGAAUCUAGAUUUCCGGUUCCUGAAGCUCGAUGUGUUCAGAAGCAGCAGCAGCACACUGUUGCAUGUGAUCCAGGACAGACAGGAGCACAUGACCGAGUCCCCGCCAGCAGCUGAGAGAAAACUACUGUUUUGAAUGAUGAAUUAUUUGAGGCAGUAAAGUUCACAGGGCGUCGUCUACAAACACCAUGUCGUCUAAAUCAUCUCUUCUUAAAGUCAUUCUCCUGGGCGACGGUGGAGUGGGAAAGAGCUCGCUCAUGAACCGCUACGUCACCAACAAGUUCGACGCCCAUCUCUUUCACACCAUCGGCGUGGAGUUCCUCAAUAAAGACCUGGAGGUGGACGGCCGCACGGUCACGCUGCAGAUCUGGGACACGGCGGGUCAGGAGCGAUUCCGGAGCCUGCGGACGCCCUUCUACCGUGGCUCCGACUGCUGCCUGCUCACCUUCAGCGUGGACGACAGCCAGAGCUUCCACAACCUCAACAACUGGAGGAAGGAGUUCAUCUUCUACGCCGACGUCAAGGAGCCCGACAGCUUCCCGUUCGUGCUUCUGGGAAACAAGGUGGACGUGACGGAGAGGCAGGUGACCAGCGAGGAAGCUCAGGAGUGGUGCAGGGAAAGCGGAGGAUACCCGUACUUCGAGACCAGCGCUAAAGAUUCGACUAAUGUCGCGGUCGCAUUCGAGGAAGCCGUCAGAAGAGUUCUGGCUUUGGAGGAUCGACACGAGCAUUUGAUUCCAACAGACACCGUCAACCUGCACAGAAAGCCUCGCAGCAGCACAGCGUGCUGUUAACAGACCAGCUUGAUAUGUAAUGAUCCUCGAGUGAUCAGCGUCUGCGUUCUAUUUGAACAUGCACUUACUCGUUAACACUGGGUUGCUUUCAUUGGGUGGCGUUCUUGUAUCUGAACUGAAAUGCAUGAAUUUAAAAGAUUCUGUGCAUUCAGAUGUCUUCUAUAUAUAUAUAUAUAUAUACAUACAUAAAAAUCUGUCUUCUGGGAUUCGAGCAGGUUAUUGCAUAGAUAGACGGAUAUCAUUUUGUCUUGCAUGGCAGUCAAAUAGUGAAAAGCAAAUGCAAUAAAUGCACUGCGAAAACCUG